CUGAAAUUGCAGUCACAAAUAAUGCAUUCUUCUGAUGUUUCUAUUCUUAAUAGCCCUAUAUGUUCCUAUAUCUUUGCUAUUUUCUUGAUUGCUUAUUACAUUGCUUAUUGUUCUGUAUAGAAAAGUCAUGCACACUUCCUACUGGCACACCACUAUGUUGCAUUUAAUGUUUUUUUUCUUCCAAUAGAUGAAUUAUGUAACAGCACUCAGUUGUUGAAAUAAGAACCAUUGACAUUUUUUAACUUAUCUACAGCUUGUGCGAAAUUGAUGUGUCUGCUCUAGUCCCAGACAUUUUCCCCCAGCAAUUCACCAAAUCAGUCAAUUGUAAUUAAAUAACUUUAAUUAAUUAUUAUCACCAAGGGCGAAGCCAUCAGGAUUGUUCCCAAAUCGUAGUCACGAUAAAAUUUGUCAAUCGCAAUGAUCGCUCUUGGGCAUAAUGUAGGCCAAUCGUUCUCCUGAUGCUGAUGUCAUUGUUGACAUUAGAAAAAGUUUAGCCUACAAAUCAGUGCUGAGUUGUGUGCAGUGUGGGAAUGGCUAGUUCUCGGCCAAAGUUAAAUGGAGCAAAGAACCGUAUGCGAGUCAUAUCAGUGCGUUUAAAGACAGGUUUCGAUCCACACGCUCUAAAAUGGUCACGUCGGCAACAUCCUCUAAAGUGCUGUGUCCCACACUCUCCGUGGAUAAUGCUCAGUCAUGGUGCCGUGCCAGACCCACGUGAUGCUGAAGUGGCAGGAGCACCUGAACAGCGCCUGGGCGUCGGAGGACAGCGUGGCCACGGCCUCGCGGCGCGGGGCGGGCGCGCUCUACGCCAAGCUGCUGGCGAGUAAGGAGGUGGUGGCGCUGGCGCAGCCGGUGCAGGACCUGAUGGGCCCGCGGCUGCCCGACUUCCAGCACGAGAGCAGCGCGGCGGAGGAGCGCGAGGAGUACCUGUCGGCCCUGCUGCUGGCGCAGCGCUGCCUGGCGCGCCGCUCGCUGGCCGGCACGCCCUUCGCCCUGGCGCUGCACCACCGGCUGGUGGUGCUGCAGCGCAUCUACUACGCGCUGCACAGCAAGUACCACGAGCGCUUCCGGCCCGCGCCACCGCCGCAGCCGGCCCAGAGCGGCACCGAGGGCGGCCAGCUGGAGCCCUCCAGCGCCGAGCCCUGGAUGCCGGGGCCCCGCGCCCGCUCGGGCACCGACGUGCUGAUCGAGAUGGGCGUGCGCACCGGCCUGAGCCUGCUCUUCGCCCUGCUGCAGCAGAACUGGCAGAGGGGCCAGCAGGAGGUCGCAGGGCCCACCUCCACCGCCGCGGGUGUGAGCUCCGGCGCUGAACUGUGCAACGACGUGCUGGCCACGGCCUCGUCCGUGCUGGCCUCGCUGCCGCCGCUCUCCCUGGCCAACGAGAACAAGAUCCCCAGCGUGGGGCUGCACUGCCUGGCGCAGGUGGGCGACUUCCUGAAGCGUACGGCCGUCAGCGGCUCGGGGGCCGACCGCGUGGGCAAGAGGCUGGCGCUGGAGCUGCUGCUGGGCCUGGCACUGCAGCGCGGCUCCCUGCGCUUCCUGCUGGAGUGGGUGGAGGUGGCCCUGGCAGCCUCCUCCUCCUCUUCAUCCUCCUCCUCCUCUGGCGGGGAGGGAGGGGGCAUCGGGUACGAUCUCAUCCAUCAGACGCUGCUUCAGAUGAGGCAGUACUCGGGUUUCCGAGGUGAAUCGGUCAACACUCAGGUACUGAAGAAGGAUGCUGAUGGCCUCUGCAGUUUGUCCCAUGUGGCUCUCUGUCUCUUCGAGGAGAUCUGCAACCUGGCGUCCAACUGCCUGUGCUCCUGCAGCACUGGCACGGGCAGUACGGGCACGGAGGGCGAUGCCGUCAGGGUGUACGUCUGGGGCAGCAACAGCAGCCACCAGCUGGCAGAGGGCACCCUGGAGAAGAUCCUACAGCCCAAGCUGGCACAGGGCUUCAGCGACGCCCAAAUGAUUGAGGCGGGCCAGUACUGCACGUUCUCUGUGUCGGCUGACGGCUCGGUGAAGGCGUGCGGGAAAGGCAGCUACGGCCGGCUGGGCCUGGGGGACUCCAACAACCAGUCCAUGCCCAAGAAGCUGGUGCUGGACCCGCCGCGCAGCAUGCGCAAGGUCUCCUCCUCCAAGGGCUCGGACGGACACACGCUGGCCGUCACGGGCGAGGGCGAGGUCUUCAGCUGGGGUGACGGGGAUUAUGGGAAACUGGGCCACGGCAACAGCGCCACCCAGAAGUACCCCAAAAUCAUCCAGGGACCACUACAGGGAAAGGUUGUGGUGUGUGUGUCUGCGGGCUACAGGCACAGUGCCGCGGUGACCAACGACGGUGAACUCUACACGUGGGGAGAGGGAGACUUUGGCCGACUAGGCCACAGUGACAGCCACAGCCGUAACGUGCCCACGCUGGUGAAGGACAUCAGUGGGGUGGGACAGGCAGCCUGCGGCAGCUCGCACACCAUCGCCGUGGCCCAGGACGGACGCAUCGUCUGGUCUUUUGGGGGAGGAGACAACGGUAAACUGGGUCAUGGGGAUACCAACCGUGUGUAUCGACCCAAGGUCAUUGAGGCCCUGCACGGAUACAUUAUCAGGAAAGUUUGUGCAGGGAGUCAGUCCUCUCUGGCACUGACCUCAGCUGGUCAGGUGUUUGCGUGGGGCUGUGGUUCAUGUCUUGGCUGCGGCUCGUCUGAAACGACGUCACUUAGGCCACGCCUGAUCGAGGAGCUGAGCAUCACUAAGAUCAUCGAUAUCUCCUGUGGGGAUAGCCACUGCCUGGCCCUGUCUCACGAGAAUGAGGUGUACGCCUGGGGAAACAACGCCAUGGGGCAAUGUGGACAGGGGCACACCUCUACGCCCGUCACCAAACCCAAGAAAGUGAUUGGCUUAGAGGGCGUGGCCAUCCAACAGAUCACCGCAGGCACCUCCCACAGCCUCGCGUGGACAGCCGUUCCUACCGACAGGCAAUUGGUGGCGUGGCACAGGCCGUUCUGUGUGGACCUGGAGGAGAGCACCUUCACAUACCUGCGCAGCUUCCUGGAACGCUACUGUGACGGCAUCGCAGGAGAUACGCCCCCCGCACCCUUCCCCUCUAAGAGGGAGCAUCAUCAGUUUGUGUUGCUGUGCAUGAAGCUGCUGUCCAUCCACCUGUCCCUGGCCCACGCUGGCGGCACGGGGGCCACAGUGCUGGGGGCCCAGGGGAGGCCCCUGAGGAACCUGCUCUUCAGACUCAUCGACUCCAGUGUUCCAGACUCAAUACAGCAGGCAGUGAUGAAUACUCUCUCCAUUGGAGCGUCGCUGUUGCUGCCCCCCCUCAGGGAGAGAACUGAACUCCUACACUCACUCCUACCUCAAGGCCCAGAGAGCUGGGAGAGCCUCUCUAAAGGCCAGCGUCUGCAGUUGGACAUGGUGCUGAACAGCCUACAGGAGCAGUCCCACGUGGCCUCCCUGCUGGGCUACAGCUCUCCCGGGGAGCUGAACGCCGGGCUGCCCCCGGCCCCCCACUCCCCAGACCAGCUCCUGCCCAGUGCCAACUCCCCCGACCAGCUGCACCUGGCAGAGGUGCUGCUCAAGACCCUCCUGCUCAGCAUCGGAUUCUACACGGAGCGUGCCUUCGGGGAGCUGGAGAAGAACAGCGAUAAGCAGCGUGCGAGCCAGGCCAAGAGGCAGACGGAGCCCCCCUCCCACUUCCACCACCUCCUGUCUGCCCUGCACAAACACCUGCUGGCCCACUGUUUCAUCUACACCAACACCGAGGACGACAGCAGUGUGACUCUGCUCCACAAGCACUUGUGUCUGCUGCUGCCCUACGCAGCCGAGACCUUCAGGAGAUCCACCAUCCUGCUGGAGGAGAGCUCCCUGGACAAGCACGUCAUCCACAAGCUGCACACGGUGCUGUGUGGCUCGGUGGCGGGGAGCCUGCUGUGCCAGGUGAUGUACUCGCUGCUGCUGCUGCCGCUGGGCGUGGUGCGGCCGCUGCUGCCCCACCUGCUCUCCCUGCUGGAGCACCUCAACGAGCUCAACUGCUUCCUGCCCGCCACCGGCACGCUGGAGGACCUGGAGCUGGAGGGCAACUCUCCCGAUGUGACUGAGGGAGCAGGAUGUGCCACAGGGAUUGAGCCGGAGGAUUGGAUGUGGCUAUUGGACCUCGAGAGGGCAGUGGCGCUGGCCAUUGGACGGUGUCUGGGGGGCAUGCUACAGGGUCCGCCCCCUUCCAUCCAGGAGAAGACGGCAGAGUUCUGGCUGUGCAACCCUCUGCUGAGGAACGGCUUAGAGAUGGACUUUGAGCAGCUAGACUUUGCGACGGGCUGGCUGACUGAGGCGGUGUUGCUGGGCUGCCCGGAUGCCCGGCUUGCAGACCUGGGCCUGAGCGAGGAAGGCACCAUGCUGGUGGAGCUGGCACUGGGCUCCAGCCGAGAGCCCGCAAGCAGCCUCUGGAGGAAGAUGAAGGAGUAUGCCACCAGCAGAGACUGGGAUAACGGUGGUCCUCCAGGAGACUCCCUGCUGGAGACGGCGUGCAGGUGCAGCUUGGCUGUUCUGCUCAAACAUACCGGCCUGCAGGACGAAGCCUACUGGCAGGACAAGUAUGAGCCCUGUGAGAUGCUGAUUGAGAUCUAUGAGAUGGUCUACAAGAUCCGCAACACACUGCUGUCCCUCAAAGAGAGUGCAGCAAACACAGGAAGCACACCGUCCACAACGGCCAACAAACAGAUCUCUCUGACGUCCCAGAGCCCCAGCGAGGACAGGCAGGAGCCGGGCCCCUCGGGGGAGCAGAGUAGGCGGGGAGGGGAGGCCGGGGCCCAGGGGGCCUCCUCCACCGAGCACAACCAGGACCAGGAGAUACCCGAGGAGGAGACGCCCAGCAUCAGCAGUAUGUACCUCCCUGAGGUGCUGCAGUGUUUCCUGGCCACGCGCGAGGCCAUGCAGUUGCAGCAGAACGAGACGGUGUACGAGUCCUCGGGCACCAGCACGCUGCCCAGCAGCACGGAGAGCCCCGGCACGCCCGAGCGGGAGCCAGCGCCCAAGCAGUGGGAGCGGGGUGGCAGCAGCGGCAGCGGAGGUGGCGCCGGCGCCCGUGCCCCGGAGCACGCCCUCUCCUUCCCGGCCGCCUGCCACCUGCUGGUGUCGCGCUGCGUCUUCCUGCUGCUGGGGGUGCGCGCCGCCUGGCAGGAGCCCAGCGAGCCCCAGGACUUCCAGGCAGAGAGCGACACGUCCAGAAGAUCCUCCCCAUCCAUGGAACCUCAACCUUUCCUCAGUCCAACGUCCGAGUUCAGGUUCUCUUCUGAGUCAAAGAGGCAGGGGAAGACCACAGAUCAAUCUAAAGUGUCCACGAGGUCCUUCAAGAACAAAAUGGGGCUGCCUCUGUGCUCUCUGGGCAUCAUGAAAGACGCCUGGGAGCGCCUGCGCCAGUGCAUCAGCCCCAGCACCACGCUGUGCCCGGCCGGCCCGGGCUCGCCCAUCCUGGGCCAAGUCUUCCACUUCCUGUGCGGCAGCCUGCUGCGCACCUCCGCCCUGGUGGAGAGGGACGCGGGCCUUCAGGCCGACCCCAAGGCCAUCACCCUGGCCAUGGCUCAGCAGCAGCAGAGAGCAGAGGUGCGUCUGGAGGCCCUGUGCCAGAUCUCCACAUUCCUGCACGAGAUGGAGGACAAGAGCAGCAGCUCGACGGCGCCCCCGCGCUUCCCAGGCCUGCUGCAGUCGGUGCAGCUGCAGUUCCUGUCGGGCUGCUUUGGCCUGGGCACCCCCACCUCAGGCAGCCUCUCCAGCCCCCCAGAGAAACUGCAGCACUACACGUCUGGGACCCAGUCUGCUCAGAUGAGCACCCAGAGGGAGCUGCAGGCUGCUGCCCACACACUAUACCAACAGCUGGUACGGGUACUUCGCCAGAAGGUGGCACUAGAGAGGGAACAGACUGGAGCGUACCAGCACCUCCUGCUGGCCACGGUGUUUGCGCUGAACUUCCACUACCAGCCGGUGGACCUGGUGGUGAUGAUCCGCAGCGGGCUGCUGGAGAUCCUGUCCUGCCUGACCGACAGCACCUGCGUGCUGAUGAACCAGCGCUGGCUGGCCGCCUCCGUCUCGGGUCACAUGCUGCUGAGCGGGGCCGUCAAGCUGGCCAGCGCGCGCCUGCUGCAGAUACUGGCUAUCGCCGCCAGUUCGUACGAGGAAGCCCUGCCGCUGGAGGUGACUCAGGCCCUAAUGGACGUGAUGUGUGAGCAGCUGCAGGGGCUGCUACUCAGCGUCCGCCAGCAGGAGGCACUGGAGAGCAGCGCGGUGGAGCCAGCCGACCCGCACGCCAGCAGCGCCAAGCACAGACUGGAGAAGGUGGAGGCGGUGCGGAGUAGCAGGGUGGUGGAGUCUCAACUGGCCGACUUCCUGGUGUUCCUGAGGCGCAUUUUGUCACUACGGGUUACAAAGCGAGUCUCCACCUUCAUCAAGUGGAUCGACCCACUCAUGACAAUCAUCUCCUACAAGUGCACUACAGGGACUCCAUGUUUCCGGAACCUGCGAACAAAGCUGCUGGCCUUCCACAUUCUGGAGGCGCUGUUGCCUUCCUGCUCUGAGCCCGUUCAUGUUAAACAGAUUGUGGAGCAGCUCUUUGGACUUUUGUCCACAUUUAUGUGGGAAGAGCCACUGGCAGCCAGGAAGAACCUUGAUGCUCUUCCAGAGGGCUCUAAAAGGGAAAGCAUGAGUGAAGAGGAGUGCAUUCCCAUUGGGGAUUUCUCAUUUGACCCGCACAAGCUGACCUGCUGUUCCCUGGAGAGUGGGAACGUGCUGGCCCAUGGAGCUGGAGGGAAGGGCUACGGCCUGGCCACCACCGCCAUCACCUCCGGAUGCUUCAUUUGGAAGUUCUACAUCACCAAAGAGAACAAGGGGAACGAGGGGACGUGUAUCGGGGUGUCCCGCUGGCCCAUCCGGGACUACAACCACCGCACCACCACGGACAUGUGGCUGUAUCGCGCCUACAGCGGCAGCCUGUACCACGGGGGCGAGCUGGGCCGAGCCCUGCCCUCCUUCACCCAGGGCGACACCAUCACCUGCAUCCUGGACAUGGAGGCACGCACCAUCUCCUUCGCCAAGAACAACAAGGAGCCAAAGUUGGCCUUUGAGGGAGUGGACGCCACCGAGUUAUACCCCUGUGUCCUGUUCUACAGCAGCAACCCUGGAGAGAAGGUGGCGCUGUGUGACCUGCAGAUGCGCGGCAUGCCCAGUGACCUGCUAGCGGGCGAGCCCCUGUGCAGCCCCCGGGCCACCGUGCUUCUGGAGGCCACCGUGCAGCUGCUGCGCCGCCUGCACCAGUGCGAAGGCUGGACCGCCCUCAUCAACGAGCACAUGCAGGCCCGCCUGGAGCUCAUCGCCCCGCUGCUCCGCGACGACAGGGCUUUACAUAGAGCCGGCCAGAGCCCCAGAGGAGGCCCAGAGGAAAGCCCAGACCAAGAGCGCUGUGGUGGCCCAGAGAGCGGCUCCGGCUCUGGAUCCGGAUCCACAUCCACUGUUGGCCGCGUGGUGGAGCUGGUCACGGGCCCCGCCGGUCUCUCGGAGGCCCAGCUGAGCGCCCUGUGCACGGAGGUGUGGCCCGUGCUGGCCCUCAUCGGCGGGGUGGACAGCGGGCUGCGGGCCGGAGGGGUGUGCCUGCACAAGCCCAGCGGGCGCCGCGCCACCCUGCUGGGGGUGCUGAAGGAGGGCAGCCCCCUGGCCAAGCUGCAGUGGGAAGAAGCCGACCUCACCGUCAGCUCCCUGAAUUCUUGGUCACCCAGCGACACGCCCCUCUCGUCCCUGGAGCCGUGCGACGUGCCCCAGCUGGACGUCUCGCUGCUGAGGGGUCUGCGUCCGGCCGUGCUGCUGGACCUGCUGCUCCUCACCGGGCUGCUGGAGGAGCCGGAGGGGCCUCUGGGGCCCUCAGCCGGGGCCGGGGCCAGCUCUACUAUCCUCCGCGGCACUAGAGGGCGCUCUGCAGACCUGGAGCCCAGUGCUGCUGCUGCUGCUGCCGGCCUCUCCGCCGCCGCCGCUGCUGCGUUGCAGCGGCACGAGCUGGAGCGGCGCCUGGACGAGGACAUCGCUCGCGUCAUGCAGGACGAGGAGGCCCAGUCUCCCAACGCUCCCGCGCUCACCCCCGUCACCCCCGGCAGCACCACCACCAGGGAGGUAGAGGAGCUCCUGAGGGUGGUGGAGGAGGAGGAGGAGGAGGAAGGAGAGGAGGAGCAAGGCAAGGAGGGCAAACGGCUGGACGAGUCUCCAGACUCUCAGAAGAUCACCUCCCCGAAGAGCCCCAAACCUCCAGGGACGGAGCAACAGCAAGAGGCCGGUGGCGGCGCCGUACCCUUGCCGCCCCCAACGCCAACCCACCUGGUGCCCCGGCCCGACCUCUUCGCUCUGGAGCUGCGUGCCGUGCGCCUCUCCUACCUCCUGUUGGGCGCCCUCAAGUCUCUGGCCGUCAUCCUGGGCAGCGGCAGGCUAGCCGACCUGCUCCUGGUGCAGCCUCGCACAGACGCCGCCGCCUCUUCCUCCUCCUCCUCCACCUCCACCUCCGCCUCUUCUUCCUCCUCCACAGCCCCUGGUCCUUCGUCAUUGGGAGGAGAGGCCGCCCAGAGCCCCAGCUCCACUUCUGUUGGUGGUGGUGAGGAAGCUGGGCUGGAGCUGCGCUCGGUGCUGCAGUUCGUGGUGCGGAGCAUGGUGAAGUGGGCGGUGCGGCCGUGCCCCAUCAAGCACCCGGUGGCGCUAGCCGAUCUGGAGAGGGCACAAGUCAUGAUCUACAAGGGCGUGCUCAACCGGCUACACCAGGACGGCAGCAGCAAAGACCACAGAGAUCUGGCUCUUCAUUCGGCAUCUCAGCCGGUUUCCAAGUCCUCCAGCUCUGUGUCCCUCUACAGCAACGGCUCUGACGGCACGGCCGCCUUCGGCCAAUCAGCAUCCUCCUCCACUAACGACCUGGCCAACUCCCUCCUGACGGCGCUUCAGGCCGACGGCCUGGAGAACUUUAACCCUUUCCUCCCCAUCAACCUGUUGCAGCGGAUGGUGCUAGCUCGCUUCCCCACGCUGGCAGGUCUGGUCCACAACCCCACGCUGCCUCCGGGCCUCAGCCUGGCCAGCUCGGCCUCCUGCGAGGGCUUCACCGAGCAGCAGACCAGCUUCCUGGAGCCCUGCGGACAGACCCGCACACCCAUGGAGCGGCCUCAAAUGUUUGUCCCCGUUCGCUUGCUAGAAAUGGGCUUCUCCAUGAGGCAUAUCUACCGGGCCAUGGAGGCGGCAGGUGUGACGGGAGAGGUAGACUCGCGCACCAUCGAGGUGCUGGCUAGCUGGAUGCUGGAGCACCCUCUGGCUGACGAGCCGCAACCAGGAGAGGGCUCCUCUGCAGCGGGCGCGGUGGACACCCCCUCCCCAGAGGGCCCGGAGACCGUGCAGUGCCCCGAAUCACCCGCCCCACUCAACCUGCAGGAGACCAGGGAGCCCAGCGAAAGUCUGUUGGCUGGCCUAGACCUGGUGGAGAGGGAGAACUUCCUGGAUGUGCAUCUGACCCGCAACCGUCCCCCGCCUGCCCGCCGGCAGAGGUCCAGCCUGGGCCAGAGAACCUCGUUCAGGAGAGCAGGUAAUUCUCCGUCGCCCAACCCUCUGCCGGCGCUGUACAGGCAGGACGUGGGCGUGGCCGAGUGGCCGGAGCGGGCAGAGACACACCCAUUUGCCGCCGAGGAGGAGACGGAGCUGGGCUACAUGGACGACUCCUACCAGGAGGAACCUUACGAGGAGCUGCUCAGCCCGGAGUUCAUCAGCUCCGAGAGAGACACCCUGUGGAUGGUGGAGGGCGGCGAGGAGCACCCGGAGCCUCACGAGAUGGUGGAGUGCGAGCUGUGCAGCACGCUGACGCUGCAGUUCAACAACCACAUGAAGCGCCACCACCCGGGCUGCGGCCAGAGCGCCGGGCGCUGCGGCUACCGCAGCAACGGGGCCUACGUGGACGGCUGGUUCGGCGGCGAGUGCGGCUCCGGCAGCCCCUACUACCUGCUCUGCAGUACCUGCAGGGAGAAGUACCUGGCCGCCAACCUGGGAGACCUCAACUCCAAACAGGACAGGAAAGGGCUGGCAUCGGAUUUGAUUGGCAGAUUGGACAGUACAUCAGAUGACGAGUGGGAGCUGGGUAACCAGGAGGGUUCGGACCCGGACCGGCUGACGGGCCAGGAGGACUUUGGGCAGCUGCUGCGUCCGCUGGGCCUGAGCGAGAAGAAGCUGGUGCCGGACCCCAUCCCCUUCACCGAGGCCGACCCACUGGGGGCCUUAACCAGCAGCAACCUCAACGGAGACACCGCCCUGCUCUACAGAGGUGGUUCGGGUGGAGAGCAGAAGGGCUCGUCGGCGCCCCUGAGCCUGGGUGAGCAGGCGGCCUCGCUGCGGGACGCCCAGGAGAGACUGCAGGCCCUCCGCAGGGUCACCUCCACCGCACAGAUCCUGCUGGCAUACAGCAUGGUCAUGAGGACCCUCUCCCAGAGCACCGCCAGUAGUCAGUGCUGUGGUCUGGAGGCGUUGGGUCUGGCUGACAUCCGUAUCCUGGUGCGACUGAUGUGUCUGGCUGCAGCCGGCCGCGUCCACAUGGGGGCGGAGCCUCAGGGCAUGGGGAGGGGCUCCGUAGCGGACCGCUCCGGCUCCGCCUUCCUCUCCUUCCUCAGCUCGGCCAUCGGCAGCCUGGUGUCCCACAGUGCUGUGGCAUACAGGGAGCUAGUGGACAUCUGUACACAGGAUCUGAUGGCUGCCGCCACUGGCAUGAACAUCAGUGCCAUCAGUGACCCCCAGCAGCGUGCCCGGCUGACGCUGUCCCUGAAGGGGGGCCCGCGGGAGCCGAGGGAGCUGACCCCGCCCACCUUCCUGGUCACCCAGAGCCUGGUGUCCCUGCUCACCGAGAAGGGCAUCCGCUACCGAUACACAGCCGAGCGCAGCGACUCCGACGCCAAAGAUGUACUGAGCCCUGCCACUGCCGUGUCCCCGGCCCAGGUGGGGGUGCGCGUGGGUCCCCUGGAGCUGGCCAACGCCCUGGCGGCCUGCGCCCUGUCCGCCCGGCUGACCAGCAAGCACCGGCAGUGGGCCGCCCAGCAGCUGGUGCAGGCCCUGGCGGCCUCGGAGAGGGACAACCCCAUCCGGCCACAGACCUACAGCGACAUGGCCGGGGACCUGCGCAAGUGCCCCCUGCGCAAGCUGGAGGGACACCAGAACAGAGUGACGAGCUGUAGCUGGAGCAAUGCCCAAAGCCUUCUGGCCACCAGCGGUCAGGACGGGACGGUCCGUGUUUGGGACAUCACACAGAACUCUGCAGAGCUGCAGUGCACACACACCUGCACACUUGGUGAGGACACGCAUGGCAGUGAGUCGUCCCUGGGAGCCCACCUGCUCUCCCCCGUGUUCUGGAGUCCAGGGGGGACGCUGCUGGCUGCCUUCCAGAGCAAACAGAUCAGCAUAUGGACUGUCAACGGCUCCCAGGCAUGUGUGGUGGAGGCCCAGUGUUCCUGGGUGACGGCUCUGGCCUGGGUGCAGACCUCCAGUCCCUUCCCCAGCCAGGGGGGCGCCAGCCCAGGCUGCUCCACGCCGGAGUCCCUCCUGGUGGGUCGCCUCGACGGCUCCCUCUGCUGGCUGGAGGUCUCGGAUGGCCUGCGCGUGGAGAGCAUGGAGCUCCAGCGCUGCCAAAGGAAAGAAAGUCCACAGUGCAUUGCUUGGCACAGUGUAGAUAAGCCGUUUGCUGUUGGGUACCCAGAUGGCAAGAUCCUGCUGGCCACCGCACAGGGCUACGAGACAGAACAGCCUGUGCUGCUCACAGCUUUCCCUGAGGGCAUCAGCAUGUUGAAGUGGGACCCCACGGGCCACCUGCUGCUGUCGGUGGGCCGCUCGGAGAUGGUGAAGAUCUGGGGGCGCGUGGGGGGCGGCUGGAGCACGCUGCACUCCCUCUUCCACACCGGCGCCGUCAACGCCGCAGAGUGGUGCCCGCUGCCCGGCAGGGGACCCGACCCACGCCUCAUGAUGGCCGUUGGAUGCCAAAAUGGUCUCCUGUACGUCUGGACGUUACCACAGGGUGGCACCGUCGUAUCACUUCCCAGCUUCCUCAGCUCCUCUUCGAGUCAGGAGAAGAGUGGCAAUGUCAAGCGUGGCAGUGCCAAGUGUGUGUUCAGGCUGAGUGGGCACAUCACGGCGGUGAAGACGCUCUCCUUCUGCCCCAGUGGCAUGGCCCUGGUGUCAGGCGGCAUCGGAGGACUCCUCAACAUCUGGUCCCUCAGGGAUGGAUCGGUCCUCCAGACUGUCGUUACAGGGUUGGGCUCUGUGGUAUGCACCACCUGGAUCCCCAAUGUGGGGAUAGCAGCCUGCUCUGGGAGAUCAAAGGACAUCUUGCUGAUCCGCUGCACCCCCGAGUGGAUCUCUCAGAACCAUGUGCUGUCGUCCUGCCGCACCGUGCUGCGCUCGCAGGGCAUUCUGGGAUUGAACCGCGCCCCGUGCAUGGCUGUGCUGCUGGAGCGCCUUCCCAUCCUCCUCCAGGAGCAGUUCAACUACGAGAGGAGUCACGUGAUGGCGGGCGAUCAGCUGGUGCACAGCCCCUUCCUGCAGAGUCUCUCCUCCCUAACGGUGGGCCUGGCUCUGGACCAGCUGCUGUGCCGCCUGCCGCGGCCCCCCCACCACCAGACCACCGGGGCCCCAGGCCCUGACCCAGCAGCAGCAGCAGCAGCCACAGACACCUCCUCCUCCUCUUCCUCAUCUUCCUCCUCCUCCUCCUCCUCCCCCUCCUGCUGUCCCCUGGAGUGGGCCUGGCUGGCCACCUACUCCGCCACCGUCAAGAGCGCAGAGGCCUUCGCCCGCGGCACCGGCUUCCCAGAGUCCUUCACCGUGCCCGAGUUCCAGCAGCCGGGGGUCAACGACGUGGCCAAGGCCCUGGACAACAGCAAGUGGAGUUUCAUGAUGGAUGAACAGCUCAUGUCCUGGGCUACAACUCGUCCCGAGGACUGGCAGCAAGGUGGCAAGAGCGAGGUGUACCUUUGGGGCAAUGGCCGCCACGGGCAGCUGGCAGACGCAGGCACCAACCUCUCUGUGCCCACACUGGCACCCUCGCUGUGCCAGACCCAGCAGGUGGUGUGUGGGCAGAACUGUACGUUCCUGGUGCAGGCUAACGGUACAGUGCUGGCCAUAGGGGAGGGCAGCUACGGCAGACUGGGCCAGGGCAACUCUGACGACCUCUACACCCCAACCAUCAUCUCCGCCCUGCAAGGCUACGUGGUAACUCAGCUGGUGACGUCGUACGGCUCGGACGGGCACUCGCUGGCGCUGACGGAGACAGGCGAGGUCUUCAGCUGGGGUGACGGGGAUUAUGGGAAACUGGGCCAUGGCAACACAGAGCGCCAGCGCAGGCCCAAACAGAUAGAGGCCCUGCAGGGGGAGGAGGUGGUGCAGCUGGCGUGUGGCUUUAAGCACUCGGCGGUGGUGACGGCGGACGGCAAGCUCUUCACCUUUGGCAGCGGUGACUCGGGCCGGCUGGGCCAGAGGUCCACCUCCAACAAGAUGCUGCCGGAGAGGGUGAUGGCCCUGGAGGGAUACCACGUUGGGCAGGUGUCGUGUGGCAUCAACCACACCCUGGUGCUGUCCUCAGAUGGCAUGACCGUCUGGGCGUUUGGAGAUGGCGAUUACGGCAAGCUGGGCACCGGGCCCUGCACGGUCAAGUGCUACCCUCAGAAAGUGGAGCUGCUGUGCAAUAAGGGUGUGAAGAAAGUGGGCUGUGGAACACACUUCUCAGUGGCACUGGGCAAGGACGGCCGGGUCUACACUUUUGGCCAAGAGCGGCUGAUUGGUCUGCCAGACUCCAUGCUGAAGCACCAUAACCGUCCGCAGGUGGUGCCGGCGCUGGAGGGGGUGUUUGUGGAGGACAUCGCCGUGGGCUGCGAGCACAUCCUGGCCCUCUGCUCCAACGGAGACGUCUACGCCUGGGGCUGCAACUGCGAGGGACAGCUGGGCCUGGCCCACACUAACCCGGUGAAGGAGCCCACGCUGGUGACCGCUCUGCAGAGCAAGAACAUCAGGCAGAUCUCAGCCGGACGAUGCCACAGCGCAGCCUGGACCACACCAUCCGCAUCAGCUAAAGCCUCUGGUUCCCCCUCAGUGCAGCUGGGUCUACCGCUGUCUGUGCCCCCCCAGUAUAACGCCCUGAAGGACUGCAGCCCUGAGGUGCUGAGUGCCCGGCUGCGGGUGCUCUACCACUUCUCCGACCUUAUGUACAAGUCCUGGAGACUGCUCAACCUGGAGCCAAGAAACCAGGUGUUGGCGUCGCGCUACAGCUCUGGCACGGCGGCCAUUGUUCAAGGUCAGCUGCGUGGCCUGCUGUCCCCCAAGGUCAACACGCUGCCCCUGGUGCGCUCCAUCGGCCGCACCAUGACCCAGGGCAAGACCUACGGCCCCCAGAUCACCGUCAAGAGGAUCUCCACCAGGGGGCGCUCCAGUAAGCCCAUCUUUGUGCAGAUAGCCAAGCAGGUUGUGGCCCUGAACCCCAUGGAGCUGCGGCUGCCCUCACGUGCCUGGAAGGUCAAGCUGGUGGGGGAGGGGGCGGACGACGCCGGGGGCGUUUUUGACGACACCAUCACCGAGAUGUGCCAGGAGCUCCAGUCGGGUGUGGUGGACCUGCUUAUUCACACCCCCAACAGCUCCACUGACAUGGGAAGCAACACAGACAGGUUCCUGCUGAACCCGGCGGCGGUGUCGGAGGAGCACCUGGUGCAGUUCCGCUUCCUGGGCAUCCUGAUGGCGGUGGCCAUCCGCACCAAGAAGCCCCUGGACCUGCACCUGGCGCCCUGGGUCUGGAAGCAGCUGUGCUCCAUCCCGCUGGGCGGAGGAGACCUGGAGGAGGUGGACCUGCUCACCUACCGCUCUCUGCAGGGCAUCCUGCACCUGGACAACAGCGGCAUCACCGAGGAGAACUUCACAGUGAUGAUUCCACUGGACUCGUUUGUGGCCCACAGUGCCGACGGUAAGCUGGUACCGGUGGUGCCUGGCGGCCACAACAUCCCCCUGACGUUCUCCAACCGCACCGAGUAUGUGGAACGGGCACUGGAGUACCGAUUGCACGAGAUGGACCGACAGGUGAGUGCGGUGCGCGAGGGCAUGUCCUCCAUCAUCCCGGUGCCCUUGCUCUCCCUCUUGACGGCGCGUCAGCUGGAGCAGCUGGUGUGCGGCCUGCCCGAGGUCUCCGUGGAGAUGCUCAAGAAGGUGGUGCGCUACCGCGACAUCACCGACAGCCACCAGCUGAUUGGCUGGCUCUGGCAGAGCCUGGAGGAGUUCACCAAUGAGGAGCGCGUGCUCUUCCUGCGCUUCGUGUCCGGCCGCUCCCGCCUGCCCUCCAACCCGGCCGACAUCACUCAGAAGUUCCAGAUCAUCAAAGUGGACCGGCCGGUGAAUGGUCUGCCGACGGCCCAGACGUGCUUCUUCCAGCUGCGUCUGCCUCCGUACACCAGCCAGGCGGUGUUGGCCGAGCGCCUGCGCUACUCCAUCCACAACUGCCCCUCCAUCGACAUGGACAACUACAUGCUGUCACGCAACACGGACGCCGCCGAGGGCUCGGACACCGAGUACUAAAGAGAAAAGACACAAAACAAGAACAAAUCAAAAAGAAAAAGCAAGGGGGCCAGUCGUCCGCUUGUUUGGUUUGCGAGGCUGCCUUUUGAGUUUUUUAAAAGCACAAAGCCUUUU